ACAGAUUCUAAAUAUAGAUAUUUUGCUUCAAGACAAAAGGAGUAGACAAGUUCUAGCAAGUUUCUAACAUAUGUGUGUGUUUUCACAUUUUCCUUAUCCUCCUGCCCUCUAUAAAUACCAUCAAUUCAAGUAGUCUUGAUACUAGCACCAAAAUUGAGAAGAAGAAAGAAAUGGGGGUCCUGGUGUUUCAAAGCCCUCCACCAUGUAUUGCUCCAACCUCAAACUUCCAUCAGCUUCAUUCUCCCAACAUGAAUUCAAUGCCAGGUUGCUGUAGGUUGAGCCAGUCUUCAGCUUUUUAUGGGAUUAUCCUUCGAAAACUUGGACAGAGGCGGAGUAGAUCUUUAAUUACAUGUGCCAAAAUAGAGGACUCUGUGGGUGUUAUAGACAAGUUGAGAACCAGGAUCGUGAAGAUGGAUCUUAAAAUCCUUCUUCAGAUGACAUAUUUGCAGGGUCCUCGCGCUAAACUCAUGAUCACAUAUUUGUCAUCUUAUUUAUUGGUUAGACUGAUACAAGUAAUUUCUUGCAAUACAACACAUAAUGUAUUCCGUGGCUUCUUUCAUGUGAUGUCCACAUCCGCAACCACAAGUUUGCUUUCAAGUUCAACUUUUGCUUGCAUAUCCAAUCCCCUGAACAAGCCCACACCUCUUCAUUUGAAUGUAACUUUUCCUUCAGUACAAGAUAUCAGAUGGAACUUUUCAAGAUUAUUAUAUUUAUUCAAUAUACAACUUGAGAAAGAUGUUGGCACGUUUUUUGUGGUCCUCAUUUUAGCCUGCUCCUCAUUUAUUCUGAUUGGAGGUUUUCUCUUCUAUAAAAUAAGGGGUAGUAGUGCACAAUCUCUGGAGGAAUGUUUUUGGGAGGCUUGGGCAUGCCUGAUUUCAUCAUCUACUCACCUGAAACAACGAACACGAAUUGAGCGUGUCAUUGGGUUUGUUCUUGCUAUAUGGGGCAUAUUGUUUUAUUCUCGCCUUCUAAGUACAAUGACAGAGCAAUUAAGGAAUAAUAUGCGAAAGCUCCGGGAAGGAGCCCAGGUCCAGGUUAUGGAGUCUGAUCACAUAAUCAUUUGUGGAACUAAUAGUCGUCUGGCCUUCAUACUGAAGCAGCUAGAUAGCUACCAUGAUUUUUCUGUUCGCUUAGGUGCUGCUACGGCUAGGAAGCAGAAAGUACUUAUUUUAUCUGAUCUUCCAAGGAAGCAGGUGGACCAAAUCGUUGACAGUGUUGCAAAGGAUCUCAUGCACAUUGAUGUUUUUACGAAGAGUUGUAGUCUGACUAUGACGGAAUCCUAUGAAAGAGCAGCAGCCAAUAAGGCACGCGCCAUUAUUAUGUUGGCAACGAAGAGCGAUGCUUAUGGAAUUGAUUCAGAUGCAUUUAUUUCUGUUCUUGCCCUUCAACCUCUUCCAAGAAUGGAACUUGUCCCUGCCAUUGUUGAGGUAUCUAACUCUAACACUUGUGAGCUCCUGAAAACAAUAUCAGGACUGAAGGUGGAGCCAGUCGAAAGUGUUUCUUCUAAAUUAUUUGUACAAUGCUCUAGGCAAAAGGGGCUCAUGAAAAUUUACAGACAUAUGCUUAAUUAUCGAAAAAAUGUAUUCAAUCUAUGCAAUUUUCCGUACCUAGCAGGACUGAAUUACAAGCGACUUAGGUGUGGAUUUCAAGAGGCAGUUGUCUGUGGUAUCCAUCGAAAAGGAAAGAUAAAUUUUCACCCAAAUGAUGACGAAGUUCUCGAGCAAGAUGACAAAGUUUUGUUUAUUGCGCCUGUUUAUGGGAAGAAUAGACCACAAGUAGCAUACCAAAAUCUCUUCGCUAAAGAGGUUGAUUCCCUUCAGAAUCUUAAAACACUCAAGCAGAAAGAUGCCUCACCAAAUGAACUCCAGAUGGAAAAAGUACGGAAGGCAAACACGGUGCAACGGCCCAAAAGAUCAGGUUCUAAGGCAUCAGAUUGGAAUUUAGGACCCAAAGAAAGGAUAUUAAUGGUUGGAUGGCGACCAGAUAUUAUGGAAAUGAUACAGGAGUACGAUAGUUAUCUUGGACCUGGCAGUGUACUGGAGGUGUUAUCAGAUGUGCCAAUGCAUGAUAAAAACAGAUCAAAAACCGUUGCUCUUCAAUGCAAGCUAAAAAACAUUAAAGUCCUCCACAUGGUUGGAGAUCCCAUGGACACUGAUAUUUUGAAAGAAGCCAUUACAAAUAUUCAAAAAACUAUUAGAGGCGACGAUAUUCCCUUUUCCAUUGUUGUGUUAUCUGAUAGGGAAUGGCUUCUUCAAGAUCCUUUAAGGGCAGACAAGCAAUCAGCAUAUACUCUUCUUCUUGCUGAAAACAUCUGUGCCAAACUUGGAGUGAAGGCGCAAAAUCUAGUUGCAGAAAUUGUUGACUCACAACUGGGCAAACAAAUUAUGAAAAUAAAGCCAUCACUUACUUAUAUUGCAGCAGAGGAAGUGAUGAGUCUGGUAACCACUCAAGUUGCAGAGAAUAGCGAUCUAGGUGUGGUUUGGAAAGACAUCCUAAAUGCAGAAGGAGAUGAAAUUUAUGUGAAGGAUGUUGCCCUCUACAUGAAGGAGGGAGAGAAUCCAUCGUUCAUAGAACUUUCUGAAAGAGCACAGCUGAGAAGGGAGGUUGCUAUUGGUUACUUGAAAAACAAUAAGAAGGUCAUAAAUCCAAUUUCCAAGACUGAACCUCUCUUCCUUGCAAUGACCGACUCACUGAUUGUGAUUUCGGAACUUGAAGGAGCUCAACCAGUUCUUGUAUAGAAUGUGUUCAGUGAUAAAAAAUUUUGCCCCCCUCUUCACGCUUGCAUGGAUGUCCUUGCUUCCAAGGAUUUAGCAUGCAAACUUACACUUCCAAAGAUUAGUACUCGAACAAAUUUUAGAUAUAAAACUUGCAAUAGAAGCGAAUUAAGCCUUGUUCUGCAGAACUGUUCUGCUCUAUCUUUUUGGCAGUGUACAUAUCAAUAAUAAUAAAUGCACUGAAUUGGAUAUGCAAGUUUUGAGAAAUGGAUAUCGAGCAUCUUAGUUCCUUCA